AUGACUGUCACUUUCAACACCAAGGCCCAGACCAAGGACGGGUCUCUUCACUCUAAAUUCACAUAUGAGUCUGCCAUUGUCGAGAAAAAGGACAACGGUGACUUCUCAGUGACUCCAACCGCUAUCGACUACGACUUCAAGACUGACUUGGCUGUGCCAAAGACCGGUUUGAUGUUGGUGGGUUUGGGAGGUAACAAUGGUACCACCAUGGUUGCUGCCACUUUGGCCAAUAAGCACAACAUUUCCUUUGAGAACAAGGAAGGUAAAGUUGAGCCAAACUAUUACGGAUCUGUCACGCAGUCGUCCACCGUCAAGCUCGGUGUUGACAGCCAGGGCAACGAUGUGUAUGCUCCAUUCUCGUCCAUUGUUCCACUCGUCAACCCUAACGACUUGGUGAUUGGAGGUUGGGACAUCUCAAAGUUGCCUUUGGACAAGGCAAUGAGAAGAUCCAAGGUAUUGGACUUCGAUUUGCAGAGACAGUUGGUGGACCGCAUGAAGGAUAUCGUACCUUUGCCAUCUGUUUACUACCCAGACUUCAUUGCCAUGAACCAGAAGGAGAGAGCUGACAAUGUGUUCAACGUCGACAGCAAAGGUGAAGUAACCACCAAGACCAAGUGGGCUGAUGUUGAGAGAAUUAGAAGCGACAUCAAGAAAUUCAAGGAGGAGAACGGCUUGGACAAGGUGAUUGUUUUGUGGACCGCUAAUACCGAGCGUUACUCAGACCUUAUUCCAGGUGUCAACGACUCUGCCGAGAACUUGAUCAAGGCUAUCAAGGAGAACCACGACGAGGUCUCUCCAUCGACCGUGUUUGCCGUGGCAUGUAUCUUGGAUCAGAUUCCAUACAUCAACGGAUCUCCUCAGAACACCUUUGUUCCUGGUGCUAUUGAGUUGGCUGAGACUCAUAAGUCUUUCAUUGGUGGAGAUGACUUCAAGAGUGGCCAGACCAAGUUGAAGUCUGUUUUGGCACAGUUUCUUGUCGACGCUGGUAUCAAGCCACUUUCCAUUGCAUCGUACAACCACUUGGGUAACAACGACGGUUACAACUUGUCUUCUCCUAAACAGUUCCGUUCUAAGGAGAUCUCCAAGCAGUCCGUGGUGGAUGACAUGGUUGAGUCUAACGAAAUCUUGUAUAACAAGAAGAGUGGUGACCAUGUUGACCACUGUAUUGUCAUCAAGUACUUACCAGCUGUUGGUGACUCCAAGGUGGCCAUGGAUGAGUACUACUCUGAAUUGAUGUUGGGAGGACACAACAAGAUCUCCAUUCACAAUGUGUGCGAGGACUCGUUGUUGGCCACGCCUUUAAUCAUUGAUUUGGUCGUGAUGACUGAGUUCUUGCAGAGAGUGUCUUACAAGAAGGCUGGCGAGGAGAACUACGAGAACUUCUACUCUGUUUUGUCGUUAUUGAGUUACUGGUUGAAGGCACCAUUGGCCAAGCCAGGAUUUAACCCAAUCAAUGGAUUGAACAAGCAGAGAUUGGCUAUUGAGAACUUGUUGAGAUUGUUGGUUGGUAUGCCAGUGAACAACGAGUUGAGAUUUGAGGAGAGAUUGGUUUAA